AUGAUCCGUCUGUGGGUGGUUUUUGUGGCAGGAGCUUGGGAGAUGGCCAAGGGCAAUCCUCGGCCGCCCCUUGAGAAAUCCCCGCAUCAUGCUCAUUUGGGAACUUAUAUGGGGGAGGUUCGCAACCUGACUCCGGGGCCCCGGACUAGACCCAUUUCCGAGUUUUGUCCGGCCGGAUGUCGACCAAGCAAGAUCCCUGGAAUUGGGAUAAACGUAUAUCCAAUCAUGGGAAGAAUUCUCAGAAAACCCGCAAGCACACCGGCUGCAUUACCAUCAUUUUGGCGGCGAAUAAGAGAGAUUGGAAAUUACGCUUUCUUGUUGCAGAAAGCAGCAAAUUUAGUGGACAACUCUAAAGCCCGAUCCCGUUAUAUGGGGACUAACGGGAUGGGCCAACUCGCAGAGGAUGGAGUCUAA